GGGAAGACAUGGAGCGCUAUGGACACAGUCUACACGAAUGAAGUAGGAAUCUCAACUAGAGACACUUAUAUUUCUCCAGUGAGUGAAACAAACGUUUUGAGAGACUGAGAGCAAAGAAAGGGUGGCCCGGUUGAGGAUGGAGUGUGCAUUUGACGCACAGAAUCUGAUCUCCAUUUCUUUGAGGAAAAUCCAAAGCUCCAGGACGCAGAGAGGAGGCAUCAAGCUCCACAAGAACUUACUGGUAACGUACGUACUGAGAAAUGCCAGGCAGUUUUAUAUGAGCAAAAACUUAUCGCAAACGCAGAGGACGCACCACUAUGAGGACGUAGCUGCAGUCCGUGGUCGGCACGAAUAUCUUGAAUUGACUGGGAGCUUAACGGAGUUGGCUGAUGACUUCUACUGCAACUUUACCGGGGUUGAGUCGGACACUUGGCACUGCGGAGCGCACCAGUCCAUCGGGCAGCCUGCAGAGGUGGCGCACCAAGACGCAUCUGCCUGCGCAAUGGUUCCACAAAGUGACUCUGAACUGAUGGUGUCGGAAGCCUGUUGGAGUUGUGCGGACAAAUCCUCGUGGGACUUACCUGUCCUAAACGCACAAGCCAACCAAAAGACUGUCCUGGACUUGGACACGCAUGUAGUGACUACUGUCACGAAUGGAUACUUUCACUCAGACUGUUGCGCGCAGUCAAAACAGCCGCAGGGCGCGCAGUGCUACAGUAAAAAGCGAAAGAUGGACACAAGUUAUUAUGUUGUUGAUCCAGAGUUUUACUUGCCAGACUUUGGGCCAUGGCCAUGUAAAAGGAUGAGGACUGAUGAUGAUUCACCUUCAGAACCGGAGCAGUUGGACAGCUCAAACAUCUCCAACCUGAUUUCAGUGUUGGGCUCAGGUGGACUAUCUGAGUUUGUGAGUUGGCAGCAGACAGACCUUGAGCAAAUAAUUGCUGCUCAAACUAUUUGUUUAAAACAUACACUGUUAACAGGCAGCGGCUGGACCAGAGCUAUUGAAGCAUUUUGAUUUGAAUGAUUGUUUUUCUUUGUACCGUUUUAUUUCAUUGCCUUUAAAUAAACCAUGACACGACUGCAAUUCACUCUCUACUGUGUUAUUGAAAAAUGUGUUUCAAAUGUGAUUAUAUUGAGCAAUUAUGUUCAUUUCAGGUAACUUUUGCAUAUUAAGUCCUCGUGCCAGCUUACAUAUUUUCCUCACAGAGCUCUAAUCAAUUAUACAUUUAAUUUAAACCUUGUUUUCUGGUGAUUUCGUUUCAAGGUACUGGACUCUGUCUUUGGUUUGUAUUUCCUGAAGAAAUAAGUUAACGCUGUGUCUUUGGAUAGAUGUUGGAAGAGCUCCAUCAUGUGGCCAAAAAAGAUCUGUACAGCCUCAUGCACGAGAUCAACGCAGAAUAGCAACCUGUAUGUAUUCCUUAGUUCAG